UCUUGUAGGAAAAUAACAUCUAUUGCAGUCUGCAGGCCUUGUAUAAGUAUAGAGGAAGACCUAGAUAACUAGAAAGACAUAAAAGAACCCACCACUCUUUCUCCUCAACUCCAAAGAAAAUGGCUUCUUCAACAACCAUGUCCACGGUGGUGAUGAUGGUGGCCAUCCUCCUUGUGAGCACCAGUACAACGACAACACAGGCGCAGAACGUCGCAUCUUGUGGCCAGAAGCUAAUCCCAUGCGCCGACUACCUAAACACCACAACCACCCCUCCAGAGUCUUGCUGUGGCUCCAUCAAAGACGCCGUAACUAACGAUAUCAACUGCCUCUGCAACCUCUACAACACACCUGGUUUACUCCAAAGCUUAAACAUCAAUAUCACUCAGGCCCUGGCACUCACCGGGCGAUGCGGAGUUAACGCUGAUCUCACUGCUUGCAGCAAAGCUGAGUCGCCAUCUUCCGUGCCCCCGCCUCCAGGAGUGCCUGGAAACGAUGGCAGCAGAAUGGCGUGGACGGGAUUUUCUGGGGUAGUCUUGUUAUUGGCUACCUGUCUAUUGUAUUAGGCCACCUGCUACCAAGUUUGACAUUGAGAUAUGAUUAUUAUAUUAAUAGUCAUAGAUGCUGAGAUCGUUCAUGUAUUAUUAGAGAGAUUUAUUUCCCUGAUUUUGGAGAAUUUUCGUUAUUCUCUUCCUUAGUAUCUCACUUAUUUCAACAUUUUACAUUGUUGCCGCUGUACUUCUCCUAUUUUAUUGAACUUUUGGACAUUUAUGUUA